AGUGCGUCACUUCCGUUUUUUUUCUUUCCUCUUUUUAUGUGGUUUGUAAUAACUGCAAUAUUUCCCCCUUCCCCGCUUGUUCUUAUAGUGCAAAGUCUUUUUAUGUGUUUCUUUUCUCGAGUUUGACGAUAAAACGUUUUGGACCAAAUAAACAGUCGAGGCUUUUCCGCUGUUGCUGGACGUUCGUCGGAUGAAAUAAGUUCAGACACAGCAGCGUCAUGUCUGCAGAGCUGGACCUGUCACCUCCGGAGGUCCCUGAACCCACCUUACUGGAAAGCAUCCUGCGCUAUGGGUUGUUCCUGGGGGCCAUUUUCCAGCUGAUCUGCAUCCUGGCCAUCAUAAUGCCUUCAUCCACGAGUCAUGAUCAGGAAGAGACCGAAUCCACUGAAAGCAAAACUGGAGAACAGAUGAAGAAAGCAAAAGGAGCGGCACCUCAGAUUCGACAGAAACAAAAGAAGGAGAGCAAGAAGAAAAGAUAGAUGUUUAUCUGCCCUUUUGUUGUGUGUGUUUUGUCUUAUUCCCUGUUAUAAGGUUCUAUUACAACACUACAUCUGAUUCACUUUGAAUGACCCUCAGCUUUAUCUUUACACUCAGCACACACACACUAAAUGAUGUAGUGUUUGCUGAUUGUUAAUGAUUGCUGAUAAAUAUUUGACAGUGUUUGGUUUUCUUUUAUCUGCUUUUCUUAGUAUAUGUGUAUGUGUAUUACAAUAAAUAAAAUAACCACUGUUGCUAUA